AUGCUGGAGUCAGGGGUCGUCUUCAGCACGUGUCCAGAGCCGCAGCCACCACUGCGCACAGCUGGCCGGGCUGGUGGCCAGGGCUGCAAGUGCCGGGGCCGUGGUAGAAGCAACCUGUUGAGGAAGCAGGGCUCGGGGCCAUCUUCUCAGCGGCUGUUUCCUUCCCCCACAGAGCUCCCGGAGGAUUGCCACCAGCUCUUCCUGACUGGGCAGCAGAGCAGCGGCAUUUUCCAGGUGCAGCCUGCAGGGUCUCAGCCCUUCAAAGUCUACUGUGACAUGACGGCAGAUGGUGGCUGGACAGUGAUCCAGAGGCGCACAGAUGGCUCUGUGGACUUUGACCAGCUUUGGGAUGCCUACAAGAAUGGCUUUGGAGACCUUCAUGGUGACUUCUGGCUGGGCCUGGAGAAGAUCCAUCACCUUGUCCAAGAGGGAAGACAUCAUCUCCUGAUCGAGCUGGAAGACUGGGAGGGAAAUUCCCAGGUGGUUCAGUUUGUCUUCAGCCUCGGUGGUGAGAGCACGGCCUAUACACUCAACCUGCUGGGACCUCUGUCUGGAGAGCUGGAAAACGCCAUUGGGGACUUCAGGCAGCUGCCCUUCUCCACUCGGGACCGCGACCACGACCUCAAAGCCGACACAAACUGUGCCAAACACCUCUCAGGUGGCUGGUGGUUCAGCACCUGUGGCCAUGCCAACCUCAACGGGAAGUACUUCCGCUCCAUCCCCCGCCAGAGGCACGAGCGCAAGCAGGGCAUCUUCUGGAAGACAUGGAAAGGCAGGUACUACCCGCUGAAGUCAACCACCAUGAAAAUCCAACCUGCAGCACUGGAAGCGGAAGCCUAAAGCUGCCUCUUGAGACUUGACCUUCUCUGUGGAGCACAGACCUGAGCUCCAUCACUUGUUGUUUACAGAAAACAAACCCACCCUCCCCGCGAAGUCCCCCGAGGAGCGUUUCUCUCGGUUAGCAGCCCUUUAGUGGCAUGACACAGCUCCUCGCUAUAUGUAAAACAGCU